AUGGGAUCACCGCUUGGACCGUUCCUUGCAAAUGUUUUUAUGGGCAAAGUCGAGAAAACAAGCUUGCAAGAGACCAUUAAUGGCCUCGUCUUCUACCGUCGGUACGUGGACGAUAUCUUCUGCCUGACGGAUGGUACCACCGAUACCGAGGAGCUUGUCCAAAAGUUCAAAAGUGCGCACACCUCGCUAAAGUUCACUGCAGAGACCGAGGCAGAUAACGAACGUGCCUUUCUCGAUGUCCUUCUGCACAGGCAAGAGGAUGGGUCUAUCCAGCGCAGGGUGUUCCGAAAGAAAACCUGGACGGGACAAUACGUUAAUUUCCACAGUUUUGUCCCCCUUAACAUCAAACGGAAUUUAGUCCAGGGAUUGGCGGCUAGAGUGAGACGCAUCUGCUCACCUGAAGCUAUUGAAGAAGAACUUCAACAGCUGCGGAACACACUUCGGGAGAACGGAUACCCAGAUAGAUUUAUCCUCCGAAAUGUUGGGGAACGCGUUGAAAAGCCCACUGUUGCGACUGCGGAAAAGAAGGAUGUAUUCAUAAGAUUGCCUUUUAGAGGAGACGCAGAGAGCGAACUAGUCCGACGGCGCUUAACUACAGCUCUCACGAAGGCAUUCCCUGCGGCGAAUUUACGCGUAUGCUUCACAAACUCUCCCCUCCUACGUUUGGGAGGUAAAGACAGACAACCGUUGGAGGCCACAUCAAUGUGCAUUUAUUCAUUCACUUGCUCCUGUGGAGCAGGAUACAUCGGCCGCACAACGAGACGCCUGGUAAAGAGGGUACGUGAACAUAUGCCCGCCUGGCUAGACAGAGGUAAGACCCGGUCGAUUUCGAGUUCUAUUCUCGCGCAUUUGAUCGAUACGAACCACCGAGUCGAUGCCAAGAAAGCAUUUCAGGUUGUCUACCGGACACCAACAUGCUUCUCUAAAGGCCUACGCCAACGGAUACUAGCAACGGCAGAGGCAGUAGCUAUACGGUUAGUGAAUCCAGUGUUAUGCUGUCAGAAAACUCUGACACAAGCGCUUUCGCUGCCAUGGCCAACGCCAACGCCAACCCCAAGUGAUGAAGCCAUGCCGCCUCAAAUCCCUAAUCACGAUGAUGGGUACUCCGUGUACUCAACCCAAGAUCAUUACUCAAAGACUCUCUUACCCCCCUCCCCUAGCCCUGACGAAUAACACCCGCCGACCUUCUCAUGCGGGCGGCGUGGGAUGAAGAGUGUGAGUGACCUAAUAGCCCUUGAGGCAUCUAUAAACACUGUUGAUUUUGUACAUUUUCAUUCGUUCAUGUAAUUGUAUUGGCCUGAGGAAGAAUUACCGAAAACGUGCGUUCGCCAACUUGACUGUUCAACUCUAAUAUUUGUUUGGUCAGCAGCAAUGCAGCCGUUUUUAUUAACGCUGACAUUGUAGAGGUGCCCAAAUUGCAAUUUUUGGAGAAAACACAAGAAAUACACAUCGCCUACAACAACGUCACCUAGACUGAGUUGCCAGUUGUUUUGUUUAUGGUGUAUCGGCGAACAGUCGUUCAAGUGCAUUUUUUAUUCCCUCAAUCGGACUACUAUAGAGAUGUCAGUAAAAGGUUGCAUGAAUGCGCCUGCAGUCCGAAGGAAAUCCCCCGCAAGACGGAUCAAGAAAAAUAAGUGUGGGAGGCAGGAGACAGUGCAUUUUUAGAGCGGUAUCGUCCCACAUUCAUGACUAAUGCACAUCGGUUAUCGUCAUCGGCUUGAUGAAUCGUGUCUUAGAAAGGCAAAUGUGCGUCCCAAGGUAGUCUGCAAAGAAAAAGAUCUGCUUUGAUUGAACACUGGGUAUCUGUGUAUCGAAUUUGUCUGUGGGGGCAAACACAUCAAAAUAGGAAUUGGAAUUAAAAAUAUAUACAUAAUGUGCAACGUGCAUUUCCGAAGUCAAACAUCGGAACUCUUUUGGUAAAAAUAAGUUCAGCAAAAUUUAAUUAUACAUUGGGCUUUUUUCAAAUGCAGCCAUUCAAAAAUCCACAAAGAAUUUGGAAAAUUGCAUGCUGCUUUUUAAUGUAUGCUAGUAAGUUUUAGCAGUACGCAUUUUAUUAUUGUUGUUUUUAUUUUUAUAAUCAGGUGACAUGCACCCCCUAUGUGAAAAAGGACCUUGCUUGUGAACAAGAAUGCCCUUUAAUUUCUGCCAUGUUUAGGAAAUUUAAUUAUUGAAGACAACUAACCUCACAAGGAUUUCUGAAGUCUGUAACAAUGCCUUAAAAUAUACACCCGCCCGCCUCGUUACUGCGACUGCAUCUACGACGGAUGUCUGCUGUUCGUUUUCAUAGUCAGCAGAAGAUUUUUCCAUGUCAUAAUGAAAAUUGUGAGCAGAAUAAGAUCGUGAUUGAAGACUCAUUUUAUAUUAGUUUACAAAUAAAUUAUUAUUUUUGCUUGGACGUAUCAUACAAAAAAGAAUAACAGCGCCCGCCUAUCUAAGUUCGGUAAAAAGGAUAAUGUGAUUUUAUCAAUGAGAAACGCGGUAGAUUAUGAAGUCCCAUUGGAACAGGCUUAAUUGAGUGCCGAUUUUUCGCGUAGCUUAUUCGGCUUUGCCAUCGUCGACGUCUAAGUUUUUUGUUAGCAAUGCACUAUUUUGGGCCGGCAUCAAGAUAAAAUCCAACUUCUGACCCAAAACAGCGCUUGGCAUGUAGAUACAGACGGUCGAAAUUUUUGCGUCCCAAUCAGUCGUCUCGAUGUAGCACUCACUUGGUCAGCUGAAAGGUUUCCUUAAGCAAUGUAGGAACCGUAACUUGGACUGUCGUAGCGCACAUGAUGUAUGACAAAAUUGCUAAAAGUUCGAUUUUCUGCAAGAAAACAAACAACGGACGUAAACCCGAUAAUGGGAUUCCGUGAAAACAAGGGAUUUGUAACGUAUUGAGCCUGCUGAAUACGCAAGCCAGAGUCAAGCGUUCGAACUGUGACGUUUGCCCGGCAACUGACUUCAGCAAUUUCGUAAAUUCCCACCAAUUAAGUCUGCCCUGUUGCAUAUUUCGAAUGGAACGAGCGGUGCUGUAAGUCAGAAGCCACUCACACGGUGAUGCCUAGGCUUGUUCUCUUUGGGCCGUCCGAAAAAAGUAAUAAUUUGUGUUAUUUUCGUCGAGUACAGAUGAUUUCCUUUGUACAAAACACAAGCAACUUUUUUUGGGAAUGUUACAGUAAAUCACUAUAAUACAAGUAUAAAAGUGCCUCGUGUGCACUAUGAAUGAAACAAAUAGCUCAACAUUUUGCCUGCCAUUUUAGGGAGGAAGAAAUGUCAGAAUUACUUCUUCAUUAAAGACACUAUUUCACUAACGUUUGACAUUCGAAUUACCAUUCUGGAAUAUUGGUUGCGCUUACAGAGCAAUGUCUGUCACUUCUGGUACACGUCCACAGUGCUACAACAGUAUUUUUCUAUGUUAAGACCAAACAAUGAUAGAACAAGUGAAUGUGGUAUGCGUACUUAUAGGUGUACUAAAUAUGCCUAGUUGUUUCAUGUGUUCUAGGAAAGUAGCUUCUAACAGCACUUGACAAUUUAUUAAUACGAACUUUAUCCAUAAGACAAUGAUGUAUUCCAGAUUUAACUCCUGCGCAAGUUGUUUAAGCACGACAGUUCACGUGUUGCAAAUUCACUUUAAGCCGUAUGCAAUAAAAGUCCGAAGUCAUCGAUAUUUCCGAGCAGUACAGUAAAGGACAUGUCGUGUGCAUUUUAGCAAAGAUGAGACGCAGUAGUCGGUAUCGCUUAAAUUAAUUCCAUUAUAUCAGAGUGACUUCAAUAUGCCGGUUAUAGAACUAAUUUCCCUAUGCCAGCCUGCAGGAUGCGCAAUAAAUAAAAACGAAACUUCAAACAGUUUCGUUUUCCGCCCCAUAUUUUAGAUUACCUUUUGAAUUCAAAUAAUUUUUUUAAAAACAUGCGCAAAAACUUUAUUAUUUACUCAUUAAAGGUGACUUUAAAGUUAAUUCUUGAAGAAAUAGUAGUUUCAUUUAAAAAAAACUCUAUCGCGAGAUCCUUUAAGACUGCAAGAUGUAUAUUUUUAAUAAAUUCAUGAAAAGUCGCCUAUAAAAUGCACAUCAAUGUUCACGUCCAUCACCACAAAUUAUAUAAGCCCUACAUAUUAUCUUCAUAACAACCCAUAUAAACAAAAACGUUUCCUUAAAGGAGAUGAGGCCUACCUGUAGUUUUAAAGUCCUAAAUGCAAGGGUUAGUGCAAAACGAGUUAAAAUAUGUUAAAAGAUAAUUUAAUUUUAUUCCUGCAACUGCAAAUGGUAUAAAUAGCAAGCUUAUUGUCAAAGGAGUAUAAGAAUGACUAGGCUUUUGCAUGUUCUAUAUAAAAUGCAUUUCAGUUUGAUAAAGCGUCAAAAAAACUUUGAAAACAUCAUACUGCUUAUGCGCGCACUUUGCUGAGGCAGUUUUUGUCGACUAAUAGAAUGUAACUUGCCCGAAGUCUGACAUGCCGAAGUGAGUAAAAUGUCUUGUAAUUUGGCUGCAUAUUAUUUAGUGCUCAAUGCCAUCUAUACAAUAUCUUAUGAUGGUAUACACAUUUCAAAAUUUGGGUUUAUGCUACAUGAUAUAAUGAUGCCAAUACACUUACAGGCUCUAUGCGCAGAAGGGUAGCAAAGUAGAAGUUUCGAAUACGAGAUGAUAGGGGUCUGAGUACAAAAAGGGCAGAGUACCUUUGCAAUUAGACGAGCAAACACAAACGAUCGGCCAGCGUAGUCUUUACAAAGUAUGACAUACUUUGUUAUAAAUGAUCCUAACAUAUGUUUCCAAUUUUAAAGGCGUUUUUCUAACCCUACACUCUGCUGAUUGUCAGUUCUUUUGCGUCCCAUCAACACAGGCGAACUCAUAAUUGGAUGUUAAUUCACAAAUAUAAUUUAAGAAUAAGUCGAUAUGCAAGUCAUUUUAAAUCUUUUUAUUUGAAACACUACACGAGCGACUAGUAAUGCGGGCUUUACUUGUGUCUUAUUGACGACUGCGUAAUGCUUUUAUGAAAGGUAACUCUCUGGAAGAAAAUCGACAGUGUGGCCAAAUUUUAAACAAUCGGACACACCUCGUAACCCAUUACAACAUAUCUUGCUAUUAUAGCGAUAUGCAUCGCUGUUUGGGCCAUUUUGUACAUUUGGCCGUAGUUCAGGAAGUUUUUGAGAAAAAUCUAUUUAGCGGUUUGCCUUAUUUAUAGCAUGCUAACAAUCGUGCCUUUGGCUGAGUUCAUAUUUUCAAGAACCUUACACACAGCCUCGUUGCGUUAUUUUUAUGCCUGCAGUUGAAACCCUAUGCUACAGAGGAUACUCACUGCAGCUAACACCAAGUGCGUAGGCGGAUGUUUUUCUUUGAUUUUUCUAAUUGCAGACUGACGUUGCGUGUUUUCAGGUGACAUCAUUGCCACUUUUGUGAGGUUUUUCAGAUGUGGAAGAUAUACCGCGUCAACGAAGCCUCAAAGAAGAAUGUGUGGGCUAAGUUAACACUCACAUGAUUUCCGUAGCAUAACAAUUUGAUCCCGUCUCCUUGACAAUAGGUACGUCAAUGUCUGAUUGAUGUGACAGUCUCUGGUUUACUUACGCUAGAUGUGCCUGCAGUACAGUCAUACCGUGAAAAAUAAUCAAACGCCGUUUUUCCCCACUGGGCGCGUCAUAGGCAGACCAAUUCUCCUUCAAAACAAUAGGCGAUUUCAUGAGCAGUAGGAAUUUAUAAUUCAUGUGGAACACAUUGAGCAAUUUUCUGAAUAGGCUUUCACCGCAGUUUUUUUCAAAUUAACAUGCUUUAAAAUAGUCAUUUAUUUCACAUCGACAGCGAAUGGCAUGUCAGGGAUUGUGUAUUUUAACAAAGCGGUCGACACGUAGGUUUGUAUGGUCGUGGUAGCAUCGUGAGAUCAACGGAUAUUCAGUCUUAAUUUAUUGGAAGAUUUACUUACUGGAGCUGUGAACUUGUUUCAUAAUUAUUGACAGUUUUAAUUCAACUGAGACUCUUAAAGAAUUAUUUCCUUGAUUUUAUACCAAAGCAGUAAAAGAAGGCAUAUUGUUGUGCAUGUUUUCUAUAAGUUAUUUUUGAAUUUACAAUACCAGCAAAACUCAAUAGGUAAAAUGCAUGUCAUAUAAGUAGUCAGUUUUUACUGAGUGUGCUUUCUGCAGGGGGAGCAAAAGGAAUUUUAAUCAAAGGCCGACAUGCUGGCAAGUCUGAAAUACUAUAAUAUUUUGCCUCGUGAUGAUCAGUAUUACAAUACCACCUAAUUAAUUCUUCCUAAUAAGAAAUGCAUUUCAGAAUUUCGGCCAAAAUUUCGUGAGAUAGGUCACGCAUUGUAAGUCAAGAAUUGUAACGAGUAAUUCAUCAGGCAUUUAGAUAAGUCAAACAUAAAAGCAGUCUUGUUCAGAUUUUAAUCUUUACCAAAUAGCACGAAGUAACCAGCAACUAAAACAAUUCUUCGGUGUCUUAAUAGAUGAUUCUCUAAGGAAACGGUCCUUGCAUAUGACACACUUAACCACGGUGAUCACACGAAAAAUUAGCAGGUUUAUACGGAAAUGCACGUUCAUAGCACAUGCCAAUAUUUGAGGUGCCAGUGACAGACCGAUUUACAUUGCAGUUUGCACUAACUGUGAUCCAGACCGCGCUUCAUACUCGUUGUUUGCUAAAAUCCCAGUCAUAUUUUCGUUGUCGACUACGGGAUGCGGUUGUACACCUAGAUGUGGCUCCGGUCGCGUCACGCGCCUGCGCUCGGUUCCGCUCCGGUAUUUUUAAAUAUAUCUUGAUACCAAACUCAGGUUGGAAAAGAGGAGAGGAUGUUGUUUAUGCUAGGAAAAUCUUUUGUCACCACAAAAGAACUCACGUACGAGUUCCGUUGCCUGCUUUCACCCUGAUGUGGAGUACACGGAGGGCAUCGUAGGCCACGGCGGUCGAACUGUUAUUUUCUAGAGAUGUACGCAAUUGUCACAUUCUCUUUGGGAUGGGCGGGUGUGAAAACCGCUACCGUUACAAUAAAAAACGGGCAAUAUAACUUGUGUAUAUAUUCCAAGAAAGACCUAUUAAUUAAGAACGGGUGAUAUCCACCUAACGAAUAUAAAUUUGACAUUGCUUAGGUAGUCAGGUAGCAGGUUCCGAAUUGGUAGGUGGCCUACGUCAAAGGGAGGUUGGACAGUUACCAUUAAACAAAUUAAUUAAGCUCACAGAUGUCAAUCGGGGCUUUGUAAAUCGGGCGGUUUAAGUACUGGGUUGCACUAAGAUCCAGCCCGAGCUGCCCAUGGGUUAUUAUCGUACUGAGGUUACUAAUGCUCUAAUGAUUGGGUCAACUAAAUAUCAUUUUUUAUCAAAAAACAGCACAGUUUUCUGGGCUUGUUAUACGAAUUAGAAGGUCAAAAAUAAAUUAUUAUUCUUUUAGAGCCAUGGCUAAAAGUUGUUACAUCAGGCCAACAGUAUUUAAUUAACAGACCUCUGGGUGAAUUCUUAUUCUCUAUUUGUCCAAGCGUUCAAAUGCUUAACCGUUCAAGCAGCUAAUCAGUUAGGACAAAUCAUUGUGUAUGACGAUUCGGCUGCAACUAACGGUAAUCCCCUUUUCACUGAGGCUAAUUAUUUUGUAAUUUGCUUAUGACUUUGUGUGCUAAACCGUGUCUUCACACCAGAACGAAGGACUGCAACUAUGCGAGUCAGCUAAAAGUUCAUUUACGUCGGUUGUUUUGUUCAAUAUCACGCGCAGCGGCACAGAUUGAAGGACAUGCAUUACGCAUGCAGCCACUGCGUAUAAACUGCAUAUUGAUAGGUUGUCAAUGAAAAUAUAUAUAUAUGCUUAACUAAUGGUCAAAGUCAAUUCCGCGAACUCCUCCUCUCUAAUACUUUAAACUACAGUGUUUCCUACAAUGCGGCCGAACUCCGUGCUCUGUGCAUUUUUGCUUUUCCACGUGAUCCACGCGUGCCGCCGAGAAGAACGUGAGCAAAUUUUAUCAAUUUCAUCUUAACGCUCUUUAGCAUGACUUUUUACCGAGUAAUACAUCACCGAGAAACCCAACUUAAUCAGUACAAAUCUAUGCUUAGAACUAUCAACAUGGACAGACGUAUUUCUUACUAAAACGUUAAUUAGUUUUACAAUGAAAAGUGGAAAGUCAAGAUAAAUUAGUCACAGCUAUUUAAUUACCAUAUUGGAAACAGGGUCAGUUCGCUGAAGUAUUGAAAAUUUAACUAUGGGAGGGAACAGUGCCCAUGAUUCGUACUACCAACUGUGAAGCGAAAAUACUUGACGUACAGCAAUGAGAGUAAUAAAGAUAAUAAAUAGACGGAUUCAUAAAUAAUUGAAAUUUUCACUGAUAAAAUUCAGCAUAACGAAGAUGGGUACCGUAAAAUAAGCACAGGCGCUUUGUAUUUCGUUAAUUUCAAGCCUUGCUCAACAUACAACCUUCGCACUAGUUCACUGUGAGAUAUAGUAAUUUAACUUAAUGACAUCGAGGUUUAACUUUAGUUCUUAGGUGUAGAUAAACCCUUUAAUACUUUAAUACAUUAUCUGGCAUUUGCCGAAUUCUAAAGGCCUGUUUAUGACGAGAAAUGAUUACUUAGAUGUGGAUUUUCGUAUGUUUGUUUAUGCCAGAUAAGCCUUCAAUAUCUCAGGUACAUAUGUAGAUUGACAUUUAAUUAAGUAAACAUCACGCACUUUACACAUAACAGCAGCAUGAUAUUUCCACCAAUUUGGGAUUCUUUAUAUAGGCGGACAUGUUUCUUACGACAGAGCGACGCAAAAUAUGCCUUCAGUUGCACAUUUUAUACGUAAAGAAACAUAUCAAACACAAUGCUUAACAUGACGCAAAUUAAUCAAAAUCUGCUGUGACCAAUAAACGAUAUUAACGUAAUUAACAUAAAAAGUGUAUAAUGUGCUAACAUCACAAUUAUGCGCUAUUUAAAUUGCAAAAAUCGAGAAACAACCGGGAUUGCAACUGGGUUCACGUUUUUCGAGAUUUGUACAUUCUAAUAAAAACGCUAUCUGGCGUUUUUAAUCAUUUCUGACAGGGAGCUCAUGUCUGAAUUUCGGUCAACACUUAUUAAGAUAAGUCAGACAUCGCGUAAGGAGAACAAAUUUCGCUACCUUCGAUAAACGUUGGAUCUAUUUGGCUACAGAACGUAGUUUAAAUUAUGAACAUCUCACUGCGCAUGCAAAACUAAAGCGACAGAAUGGACAAUUAAUGAUCGGGACCAGAAUUACUUUGGUAGUUUUUAACAAAAUUUAUCUUCUAACAGCAGUAAUACAUUUGAGAAAAUUCCAAUGCCACCAUGUGCAGCGCGCAAUCGGCUAUGUUGAAAAAUGAGAUGUAAUAGAAAACACGCAACAUUUCAUCAUGCAACAGGCAGUUAUAUUAGACGGAACAGAUUUAAAAGAAAAAAUAAAAGGCAGAUACACAAUUCGCCGUGUUUCAAGAGCAGAGGCUGAUAGGUAGUUCCUUUAAUCUAGCGAAAAAGACACAACCUGCCCAAUAUUAUAAAGAAAUCAAAACAAAUCAUAGUAUUUGAAAAUUAAAACAUAUUCAAUAAUUAACUCUGAAGAAGACACGAUUAGCUGCAAGAUGAGUGCAAAAAAUGGAGCAUUACAUAUUUUUUAUAAAAAGCAUUUGACUAUUUACAGAGGAUCAAAAAUCGACGGAAAACCGUAAUACUUGAGAAAAGAUAAUCCAUUUCGAGUUCAGUUAUUGUAGCUGACUUUAAAAAGCUCAUUAGAAAUCUUGCAUUAUGGCGCAACUGAAAAAUCUUGUGUUCGCCUUGCAUGAGGAAUAAUAGUACAACAGCGACAUUGCAUGAGAUAUGCCAGAUGAUGCAUGUCCCACUCAACUGCUUGCGGAAAAUCAAAUUUUUUGGCACGUUCAGUGAAUGAGCACAUGUCACGUGAGUAACCAUAAGUUCUACUGGAAGUCUCUGCUACUCCGCUUCCUAUGUUCGAAUGCUUGAAAUUUUAAUCACUCACUGUCUCUCCCUGGUUGAAUUUCGGUACCCUGAACAGGGCAUGUUACUGUCGCAUUGCGUAGCCACAUUAGGCAAAUAGUAGUGAACUCAAAUCCUCCUUUAUUCAUGAAAUACUGUUGGAAUACGACCGAUUAUUACAGCGAAGUUGGGCAAAUGUUAUGCGCAAAGAAAAAGAAUAGCAAGGUGAUGAUUGGCACACGGUCUAUGAAGUAAAAGUGUAACAUUUAGCAAAAACUGUCAGGACCGCAAAGUAAAUUUGAGCAAAAAGUAGAGAUUUUUGCAGACGAAUGCUUUUAUCAAAAAGUCUGCAUCUUCAUUAUCUAAUAACUCCGGGUCAGAUUUGCACAUUUAUAUUGCAUAUUGACAAACUAUUAUACCUGCAUUUAAAGUUUAUAACAUACAGUACGUGGACUAACUCAUUAAAGGUUGGCGGUAAUUCCGAAAUGUGUUUUUGUUUCGAAACAAAAAAUGACUAAAGGUUGUCAUCAUGUUUCAAAAAUCUAUGGUAAUCCAGUUACUUCAGGAUGCCGCCAAUCGAACGAACCUAUUUUCAACUGCAUGUAAAAACCAUACAUUGCAGAACUUAACUACCUUAGAAGCAUAAAUCUUUGUCAUUGAUUUUCGAGGACCCAAAAAGUGAUUAUAGUUUAUGGAAAGUAUGCAUAAAAUGUAUUCUCGCCUUUACUCAAUCGGUGGGAAAUAAAGUCAUCUUCUAAUAUUAUAAUCAAAGGAAGGGUAUUUUUCGGCUUUCAAAUCUUUUUUCAAUUCCCGAAAACUUUUGGACCUGACCUGCCCUUGUGCGUGCAUUCAGCGUUUCCAAUCCACAAGCCGUAUAUUUUCUUCGUAAGGAAAUCCACAUAUUUCUCUACGUUAUUGAGGGAAGACUAUAUGUGUUCAAACAUUUGGCAGUGGAUAUGAACCAUAUUGUUAACUUUAAAGAACAUAUAUCUUAAUGCAAAGACAUGACGUUCUAGGAGCGUCAUUUACCGGUAUUAACAAAUCUUACAAUAAGGAACUUUUUAAAAACCGCAUUAUACUCGUCCUCUGAUUAUGAAGUCAAAAGUAUACGUAUUAUUUUGUUAGAUGAGUAAACAUUAAGUGUUUAUAUGUACGUUUUCCAUAAAACUAAUUAAAUUUUAAAGGCCAUCAACAAUUGAAGAGAAAUAUGCAUGCUACCUUAGCAGCCAUUUUUUAAAGAUUAUAAUGUUUUGCAUGCAGGAAAAAAUAAUUUCUUUUGAAAAUUGGCAUCUUGAGGUAACUGAAUUAUUAUACACAUAUGCCGCAUGGUGAUAAACUUUACGACAAUACUUAAUAAAUCCUUCUGAAACGAAAACGCAUUUCGGAAUUUAGGUUGACAUUUCAUGGGCCAGCCCAGCUAAUGUACAAUACAAAUACUUGGAACACAGAAGGUAUGACAACAAACCGAACGAUUAUAAGGAGCCUUAUUUAUGCAACUAUAGAGGGUGAAAUACUGGCUAAUAGAAACUUCAUAAGGGAUAGUAGUGAAGUUGCACUUCUUAUAUCUCAACUAACCCCCAUAAUCUAAGAAUUAGAAUGAGAUUAAACGUCCAUGCAGUUUUCUGGGUCAUUUUGUGUAUAUACGCAAUUACUUUAAUUCAAAGCGUAUCUUUAAGAAUACUCAGGAGUCAAUAGCGAUUUUAAAAGUGAGGCGAAUAUCUCUCCAAAAAGCAUGACAGAAAAUCGAUUCCGCAUUUCUUGGAGUCAACGUUUAUAUCUCGACAUCGUUUUUUCACUGCACCGUUUUAUUAUCUAAUCUGUGGUAAAAUGUGUCUUUCAUAAUUAGAGUAAUUAGCUUUACUAAACUCUGAAAGCAUUAAAAGCCUGAAGGGGCUUAAACGCACGGUACUUAUCUUAGGUCUGAUAGGUCAGAUUAUUAGAGCUUUGGAUGUACAUCGUCUCUGCUUAUGCUGCCGGGGGUUCUAAUUCCGACGAGGCCGCUAAGCUUCGUCUGUUUUUUAAAUGCAAGAAGACAAACUCAUUUAUUUAGAAAUAACAGCUUUAAAUGACGAAGCAGUGUUUAAAACUAAUUUUCAUUCGUAAACUUACAGUGUCCAGCAUUUAUGGACGAUAUAUAUAAUAUAUGCAGGGUUACGAUUUUAGUCCUAAUGAUUUUAACACAUUUUCAGCUGAUUUGAAUCCAAGGGAACUCAUCGCUUUGGCCCUCAGUCCCACCAAAGUUCAGCUCUCCUGGAAGCCGCCCAAAUCUUUACCAGCGGAAAAGCAACGCUUCUACGUACUUCAAAAUCAGACGCGCAUUAGAAUGAUCAACGAUACAAAAAUAUUAGUUGAAAAGCUCACUCCGCACACCAAAUACGAAUUCGGUGUUCAGACGGUUCUUGCCAACUACGACUAUAUCAGACCCGGCGUUUUUCUAACAGCUGCUACGGAUGAACUGAGUAUGCUUUCAUUUAAAGUAUACACAUUUACAAAUCUACGACUGCCAGUCAUGCGAGAAGCAAGAAGCUGUCACAUAUAUUUGUGUAAAAUGCAUACUUUUUGCAUUAAACGCUUUGCGGUUGAUCCCGCCAAUGGCGCAUUAACCCUGACAUAGGCAUUAGUGGUAACUAAGCCGUUCUCAGCCAAUUUUUUGCUGAAGAGGCAGUCGGUUAAACCACCUGUUUUUGCUACUGCAACUCUAGCCAAAAAUAAAAAUAUGUGCAAUUUCAUGUGAGAGUAAUGGCAAUUAGCCUAUCGCUGCAGUGAUGCAGUCGGUAAAGAUUCCACCAAGACAUCUUUAGAAGUGUUUGAUUGCAGGCAGGCAGUAUUAAAUUUUUUAAAGUUUGUUUAGUUUAGCGGAGGUGACAUACAAAUAUUGAUACUUCAGCUGCAGCAUUGUGGGUGAGGGAUGUAUUUUCAGUAUCACAGUAGACCGUUAACUGCAAAGAUAGAAGAUGAACGUAUGCAUGAGAAAGUUUGCAGUUUUGGUUGUGGCCUCGUCAAUUAUAAACAACGCUAGAAACUAUGUUCGGAGCGCUCAAUCAUACGCUCAUUGACGUAAGAGCAGAGAGCAAUUAGAGUAGAAUUAGCCUUUCACAAGAAUAGGUUUCAACUUUCUUAAAGUAGCGAAUUUCCGGAAACAAAUAGUUGAUUUUUCUUUUUGCUUUUUCCCGACUCUCAACCAUUCGGAAAUUUAUGCCUGCUAGUAUUAAUCAAAACAAUUACUGCUAACUUUUCAAAUUACAUAAUCAAGACGUGAUUGGUGAGGACUUUUAAAUUUUUGAAAACAGAUAUAAAUUUAAACAAACAUAUUGACGCCGAUUAAUAACACGGAAUAGUACACACAAGUACCUUAAGGCCUAUGUUCGCCACCAGAUUCACCAACGAUUUGUGGUUUUUGUGACCCCCUUUCUGCGUAGCUGAUCUCAGCCCAAGCAAUCUCACUGCUCUGGUUCUGAAUCCCAACACCAUACGGUUCUCCUGGACGCCGCCUAGACUGCAACCUGACAAAGUGACGCUUUACUACCUACUGCAGAAUGGCACACGUAAAAGAAUGACUUGGGGCACAGGUCUGGAACUUCGGAACUUAUCUGCCCACACUCUAUACGAAUUUUGCCUUCUAACAAUGCUCUCCGACUCCGUGCUCGUUGAACCAGGCGCUUGUGUAACAGUUAAUACAGAUGAAAUAAGUAAGUCUUAUUUUUCUACCGCAUACAUCUAUAAUCUCCAAGCAUUGAUAAAACGAACGAUUUCGGGAAACUGCUGUGCAACUUACAGUUUCUGCAGUACGCUCAUUCUUUGCUUGCAAUAUGCAGUUCAAUUGCGCAUAUAAUUAAUACUAAAAUAGCUUAUUAGCGAUGUAAUUGACAUCCUAGUCGAUUAACCCUAAUAUGGCAGCGUUAUCUUAACGUCUGUAAUCAGUGCACGAUUAAUUUAAAAUGCCUUGUCACCGGGUACUUCAAUCCAUCGCUCGAUUUCGGCAUAUGCACUUUCCUUCAUGGAUCUGUUACUGCGAUUAUAGUGACGAGGUUUAAUUUGUUUUCGAGGGUCUCAGAAUGUAAGCAAAAUUCUUACCAAACGUAAGAUCCGGGUGCGCACCUUCUUCGCAAUAGCAGUACGUUUAAAAAGCAAUUCUCCGCUAUCUUAUUAUCCGCUGAAGCAAUGGAUUAAUAGAGUACCUACGUGCAGAUAGCACGACCGAGCAUAAUCACCCUGUAGAAAGCGCGACUGCAAACGCAUCAAAACGAACUGAGUUCGGUGAGAAGGUGUGAAGGUCCGUUUAUGGCAAAACGACGCUAUUCAUCUGAAUGUUUAAUUUCUGACUCCUUUUAUUAGCCUGAACAGAUAAAAACCACAGUAAAAUGCGCCUGAAAGACGCAGCAACUCUUGAACACGGUUUCGACCAAAAAUAAACUGGUAAGCAUGUCACCGGCAUGCUUAUCAUUGAUGAGGGUUGCUUGAUCGGUCAUGUCUACAUGGUGAAUAGCAAAUAUUAGCAACAUAUAGACUGGCCAUUAAUAUAAAAAGUAUUCAGUUAUUUUGCUUUUCGGUGGUGAUACGGGGGCACGGUGAAAGGAACAGUAUGUGGUCCCUGUGGAAGAAAGCCGUGGCCACAAGACUCGCACGGUCGUCCUCCAACGUGAACAUUUUGUGAUUGGUGAUCUCGAAGUAUUAUUUGUCAUUGGGGAGAGUCGUGCUUUUGGAUUUUGAGUCACUAGUGUUAACGAAUGUUGAGACAUGCGUUUCAAAACAGCGUGCCCUUUUUGGCUGUGUAACGUGCAGUUGACCAGGUCAUCAACGUCAGACAUUCUUUGUUCUGCCAGUUAAUCUUAUGGCCUUAGUCCACGCGACCGGGACGUUGACAUUUUACCUGCAAUAGCAGAUGCCGACCUCAUUAUUUAAUCAAAUGGGUCAGACUUUGGCGUUAUUUUUGAUUAUUUUCAUUUACACCGUUCUGUUUUGAAUUCUAGGCCUCAAUAAAUCCAUCAGCGUGAGCCACCUCCUCUGGCUGUCGUUGCUUCCUGUCAUUUCUGCGGUUAUGCUGUACCUGUAA